GUGUGCACUGGCUGUUGAGCCUGGAGGCAGAGGGUGUUGACCUGUCCACCCUUCCACAGACAAAGGAGGCCCCUCUCUCAUACAUGCCAGAGAAACCUAUCAGCUCCUCCUCCAACUCCCUCCUCAUGGGGGUAUCAAAGCCCCAGACCUCGAUGCCACAUGAUAUCAUUGCGUCCCUGGCAGAUCUUGAUGGCUUCAUGUCAAACUAUGACAUGGCUGCCAUCAUUUCUGCCGGACCAGUUUCAGGCCCCACCCAGAUGACCCCUUUUGCCAUAAGGGAUCUUCUCAAGAGCACUUCCGCUCAGCUCCCUGGUCUUCUCACUGGCCCCUGCCAAGAAGGACCCUACAUGGCACCUACAGGGACCCAUCCCCUGACCCCUCUUGAUGAGGACUAUGGAGACUCUGCUUUCAGCAUAAAGGCCACUAAAAUGGUCAAGCCAUGUGCCCCCUUCAGAAAGGUAGACAACAAGCCCAUAAAUCAGGUGCCAGUGUUGGUGGCAAGUGAGUGCCCUCACGUGUUUUAGAACCGCAAGCGGUGUGUGGCGCAUAACAGCGCUGCCGUCAUGGAGCGAGCCACGCCAGGAGAGGCACAGGAAAUGGCUGCACUGAGGUUGAAGAUUAUGGAGAGCAUGCAGGCAAAGAGAGCCAAGAUGGCUGACUGGAUCCAGGAACAGAGUGACCGGGUUCAUAAGCAAGCGGUCAGCGAACUCCAAAAGGAGACAAGCCGUAAACGCAAGGCCAUCAACACGAUCCACUACUUUAAGCAUGCUGAGAAGUGUGCCAAGCUUGUGCCCCAGGUGGGCAAGGUAGUCCAAGACAGUGAGGAGAAACCCAGAGCUGGUGGUGUAAGGGCAGAUACUGCUAAGCUGCCCAGGAUUGUCCUGAAAAUCCACAGAGACAGAAACAACAACUGGGUUUCUAAACAAGGAGAGAGGAACUGUUGAGCUGUGCCCCAGGACUUUCUAUUUUUUUGAUCAAUUAAUCAAAUCUAAUUA